GGGUAGGGAUCGCGCGGAGCGUUGGCGAUCAUCCUGUGAAUUUCCAGAGAGUAUCCAGGAGUGAGAUUAACUAGUCCGUAGCUUUUAACAGACGCGUGCAUAGUGAAAAGGAGAGAGAGAUCCGUCAACAGGUGUUGGAAGCCUCGUUCAACAUCAACAAUUCUGGUACAGUUACAGCCGUGAUAGCAACAGCUUCGUCGAGGUACUGUAAGGCGCAGUGUCUUGAUGCAACAAAUCCAUUUAAAUAAAGGAUAGAGAAAAAGGGUCAAGAUGACAAUUGACUUGUCGACCGUGCCGCUUAUCGCGGCCACUGUUACGAGUAGACAAGCUAUCGCAACAAUGUUGAACCCCCAGACAAUUUUGCUGAGUGACAGCGGCAUGUUGAGGGACUGGAGAGGCCUGGCGGAUCAGUUGGAAUUUAGUGCAGACGUCAUGUCGCUGCUAAUGACACACUCCAACCCGACGAACCACAUGUUGACGUUGUUGGAGAAAAGUAAAAAAGAUGUUACGAUAAAAAGGUUUCAAACCAUAAUGGAACAGAUGGACAGAUGGGACGUUAUUGACGACACCGAAGCUUUGUUCCAGAGUGACGCCAAAAGAUAUCUGGAGCAUCAGCAGAGAGCGCAAGAGUCAGCUGAUCCGAUAGACAAAUGUGCAGAUGAAGAGAUACUUACAUCAGGCGAUAUUCAUAGGUUAAGGAAAGGUUUAAAGACGCAAUAUUAUGACGCAUUCCUUCUGUACGCUGAAGAAGACAUUGAUUUUGUGAAUGUAAUAAUAGAGAAGCUCGAAACGCAAUCCAACCUGAAGUUGUGUUUGAAAGACCGGGAUUUGGUUGCCGGUAUAGAAUUCGAGCAAGAGGCAAUAAUGAAGUUAAUAUCCGAGCGAUGCAAUAGACUGCUUGUUAUAGUAUCGCCGAGCUUUCUGAAAAGCUCGGCAAACAAGUUUUUCCUGAAUUAUACUCAAGCUUUAAGUAUCGAAAAGCGACAGAGAAAAAUUAUACCGUGCAUAUACAAGAGCUGUGAAUUGCCAAUUCAACUGAAAUACAUAUUUCAUUUGGAUUAUAAUCGUAGAGGAUUGUAUGAUUUCUGGGGCAAAUUACGUGAUUCCAUACAAUCUGCUGUUGCCACGAGUAGUUCAACUCAAAUGGGAAAUAGCAGUACAAUACAAGAAACUACGGAAGUAAAGAAAAUUUUAUCCGAUAAGUGCAGUGACAUAUCGUAUAUUAGUGAAAAAGCAAAUGAAGCAUUAAAAUAUCCAGAACAGAAGGAUGCAAAUUGUCACAGUGAGAUUAUCGCAGAAUCAAGUGAUAUAAAAGCCGCAAAUAUCAGUGGUAAAAAGAAUAAGACAUUCCUACGAUGGGAAAAAAUUACCUCAAAGUGGAAGACGAAGCAAACGAAGCAAACUGACGAGUUAAAUACAGAGACAAUUGUGCAAAAGCUGCCAUCGUUAGAUAAUUUAGACAGCUUAAAUUUGUCAGAUACUCACAUACAUCGAAAGAAGAAGAAAAAUUUACUUAACAAAUUUAUGAAGAAAAAAACUGCCCUAAAGACUUGACGAAACAUUUUAUUUGGAUAAAACCUUGUAUAUACAUUACAUUAAAUCCUAUUUUUUAUAUUUCUAUGUGUACAGAGGGAAAAAGUAUAUUUAAUUAAACGUUUACGGCAUAAUAGAUAUAGGUGCUACAUACUGCAAUAAUUAAAUAACAUGACAGUCGUAUAUGUUACCACCCAGAUAGCACACUGAAUUCACAAAGUAUUCUUUAAGUUUUCUUUUUUCUGAAUUGUAAUUCUU